UAUUAUGAGGAACUGGGGCCAUGCACAUGAGAACAAACAGAUGCGGAUGCGAGCCUCUCACCAGCCACGAGAAAAGUUGUGCUUUUAUUAGGAUUAUUUAAAAAAAUAAUAAUAAUAAUAAUAAAUACAAUCAAAUAAAGUUGCGUUUGGCUAAAAAUUGGCGUUUCCGGCUAUGGAUGCAGCGAGAGUUCAGGGGACGCUGUGGAAUGUUUUGUACUACGUAGCCGGAGCCGUCAACAGAUUCCUCAGGCAAGAACCUUCCAACAUCAUCGACAAUGAUCCGCUGCAAGAAUCCACAAUUGUGAGCCGUUCUGGUGUUGAUGGUCACACUGCAGGCUUCUGUAAGGACAAGUCAGACGUGGCUGCGUGGCCGCCGAAUCCCACUAUAAAUGCUUGGUCCGGUGAAGACGCCCAAAACACUGAAAACAAAGCACCUGAGCAAUUAGAUAAUUCUGCAAAAGAAUCUGUGGAGACGUUCUGCAGUUUCACUCAUUUGAAUCUAAGAGAGAAAACUCCAGGGAAUCUCAAAAAUUCUAGUGGGCCAAAGACUCAAGAAAAAGUGGAAAAUACAGAUGGCUUUUUACUACUAGCCUCUGAUAGACCAAUAAAACUUCACAGUGAAGAUCAGCUCCAAGUUGAAUCGCAGUCUAAAGGAUUAGAGGGCGAGGGUCACGAGGAUAACCCGUCUGCAGACAACCAGUCAACAACUAAGAUACUAGAACAGGAAGACACCAGAAUACCGACUACAGACGUAACAGCCGAAGAAGACAUCCAAAGUUAUACAACCGAGAUACACACGGACACAAUUACACUUGACCUCAAACAUGCCGUUCAUGGCAGUGAAAGGCAAACAAAAGCAGGAAAUGUCAAAGGACAAUUUGAUGUGAUGAUGGGUCAAUCAGAACAAGUGGAGAAAGUAGAGGAGGAGCUUUUUAGUGCGGGCAGCAGGGACACUCGCGAGGAGGAAGUAGCCUCUGUGGUACCAGUAAAACCUGAGGGCAAGAUUGCACAGGAACUCGGCGGAGACUUUAAAAAUAUGCCCUUGAGUGUAUGUGAUGUGUCACGGCAGCUACAUACACCAACAUGUGAGGAGCCACUUCCUGAACACAACAAUGAGGCUUUUCUAACACAAGGGUUCGUGGAAGGUGAGGAUUUCAAGGAAAUACAGACCCACAGACAUUUACAAGAAGAGAUGGAGAACAAAGAGCAGGAGAGCCUUCAAAACAGCAGCCGUGCCAAACACAACUUGAUACUUUCCGACGAAAUGAAGGCUACGUGUGCGAGUUCGAAGAAGAGAGUCAAACUCUCAGAGCAGGAAUUGGAUGCACCUUGUGGUGGCCUAACAGGCGACAACAUCGAAGACCUUCAGGAAGGGAUUGAAGUGGUUGAACUGGAACAAGCUCAAAAGUUGCACGAUGCAGCAGGAGAUAAUAGUGAGACCGGGAGCGAAACAGGUGGAUUCUCUUACGAUAAACUCCUCGACAUGAACAAAGAGUGGAUGAUUGACGCAGUCAAUGCGGGAGGCGACCUCAAUGGAUCAUCGGUUGGGACGGCGCCUGAAAAGUCCGCCGUAGGAAAUGCAAGAAACGAUACGGAAGAACAAGACCAUAGGUUAGGGGAAGAGGUCACAAAAGUUGCAACUGAUGAAGCUGUGAAGAAGGUCAAUGAUGUGUUAAGAGACACAGCAACCACUGUCGAUCUCACGACACCUACGACCUGUAACGCCAAGGAAACCGCACUCUGCUCAGUCGGUCACCAUCGAGAUGUGAUUACGGAAAUUCCCCUCGCCUUGGGGAUACAGACUCCUUCAUCAGAGGACAACUUUGACUCCAAACAAGAUGAGGCAUCUUAUGAGAAUCUGUCUUUCGAAAAGAGGGAGCAACAAAUAAGGUCCGACACAGAAAGCUUCAUCGAAAUAUCAUGGGACCUCUUGGAUCAGUCCUUUGGCGAAUCCCAGGCAUCCCCUUGCGCCACAGAAUUGACAGCAGCCAGCGCUGCUUUUGCGGUUGAGCAAGCCAACGUUCAAAAGCUUCUCGAGAGUAACGCAUCGGCAAGCUUAAAGACAGAUUCCGAGUUGCGUAGCCGUGGCUCUGAGGUGUCACUAAAGAAGCUAGCGAGGUGUUCUGGUGAAACCUUAAAGAUUUCUCAAUCAUUGGACAAGGUGGAGGAGACAAAAUGUGAGGUUGACAUUCAGACGACCGGCAUUGCAUUGAACUUUGCGCCGCAAAGGUCAAGAAUGGCUGUGAAAAACCCUCACGUGAGGCCACCAAAAGAUCGCCGCUCCCUUCUCAUGAGGCCCUCAAUGGAUCCUGUAUGCCCUCCUCCCCAGCCGACAUCCAAAAUCUCUACAGAUGUGCAUGCAUUGGGAGCCUUGGGAUUUGGAAUCAAACUACCUGGGCUUGGUUCAGGGUUUCCUGUUUUGAAAAAGUUACCAAAGAUGCAGGAAGCUGAGCCCAAACCGGUGCCGAAGGCCGAUGCGACCAAACAAGCUGAUGUGCCACAUAAACCAAAAUGGAUGCCACCAAGACAAACAGGAUUUGGAAAUCCAUUCAUGUCAGAGCUCAAGACCAAAUUGAAGAAGGCCACCAAGAACUGAGACAAAUUUUACAUUUGUGUGUAUAUUCUGCAUAUAUUAUGAAAGAUGUCAAGAGGAAUGUAAUUACUCUAUUGUUAAAAUUUUGUAAUAAACUUUAAGUCCAAAGCAA